UGAAGAAACCUUGACCAUCACAGUCUUUCACCCGGAGCUAUUGCUGUUUUGGUCAGUGGUGACCAAGUGCUCUAUGAUAUGCCCUGGGUAGAAUAAGAAAGUCCUGCUCGCAGUUUUAUUGUGCUCGUGUGAAUAGUGCUCUCUCAUCUUUUGAUUCUGUCUAGAGAUCUGUGACUCUUGGUGCUGACCAACAGGGUCAUGACCUCUGACUGGGGGGCUGUACUCCAAGAAAAAGUAGGGGGAUGUGCGGCCCGCUUCUAUAAACCCUUACCCUUAGGCUAGCAAGUGUGAUGGAACUGUUUUGGAACCAGUCUAUCCGGAGCUGAGUGCCACUUCGACUCCAUGCUGUGCUACUAGGCUAAUUUUGAUAUGUUAAAAUUCUAACUUGUCUUGGAGGCUUGGAUGGGGGAAUAAAACAAAAGAAGUUAAUUAUUCAUUCCUUGACCUCGGUGUAAUUUGUUUUGUCUUUUUCCCCCAAUCCUUGGUGCCAAGUCAGAAUUUUAAUAUAUCAAUGGUCUAUUGGGACACUAUAAAUAGAGGAAUUAACUGUUUGAACUAUGUCAGAGGUACCUUCGAACAUCUCUGAGUAGCAUCCUGUCAAUUUUCACGGAAUUAGAGCAACUCCCCAGUGAUCAACUCCCGUCCUACAUCACAGUGGAGUGGGUAACCCCCUUAAAAAGCCCUCAGCACUAAUUUUAAGGAACUAACAAUACAUUGUGACGAAAAUAAAACAAAAUCAUCAGAAAUAGAAAAUAAAAGUAGAAAAUAAUAUAAAGUUACAGUAGUACUUGAAAAGUAUUGAAAGGCGUGCCCGGGGGAGAGCCCGCGCUUUCGGUCGUGGUUUAAUUGUCAUGCGCCGAAUGCGCCAUCAAGUGGAAGAAUUUCCCGUCAAAAUGGCAGGAAGUGAGAACACCAGAGAAGUUAGUUGCUAUUUUUGUCAAUAUUAUAGCAAUUGGUUUUUAAGAAACACGUAAAACUCUUCCUGGCAAGAUGCUUGAGAAGCACAGGCAUUUGUUGCUGAAGUUUCGUCGCGAAAUCGUGGAAGACUUGCUAGUAGAUGAUGUGGUCGUGUUCUUGCAGAGCAAAUUCGUGCUGGACUCCGAUGACACCGAGGUCAUUCGAAGCGAACAAACUUCCCGUAGACAAGCAGAGAUGCUCUUGGACAUUCUUCCAAAGAAGGGAUACGAAUCGUUUGAACACUUUUUCACCGCUCUUAGCGAGAAAUACCCUCAUCUAGCGCGGCUGUUAGAGAGUGGUGCCAGUGAAGACGGGCACAACAAUGUUUUUGAAGGAAUCGACUCUCCUUUACAGCUAGAAAUGAUGACUCCCGAACACAAUGAUCUCCUAACUGUAAACCGAGUUGAGAUUGUCGAAGAUCUUCUGGUCGAUGAUGUUCUAAAUUUUCUUCAGAGUAAAAUGGUGUUUGAUGGCCAUGAUGCUGAGCUUAUAAAAGCUGAGAAAACUUCAAGAAGGCAAGCUGAGAAGCUGCUGGAUCUGUUGUCAACUAAGAGUGAUGCAGCAUUCUAUUGUUUCCGUGAGUCACUAGAGGAGCCAUACCCUCAUCUGGUGGAACUUCUCCAAGAAGAUGUCAAGAGUCCAAGGAAGAUCUCAGAUGCCAAAGAUUUGUUAGAAAGAGUUGAGAAUAUUCUUCUGGAGGGUGGAGUGCCACAGCGACCAACAGUUUUUGCUCAUCGAGGAAAAGAUGUUCACAAGAUUCAUUCUGCCUUGAGAUCUCUACAGAAAAAAGAUGGUUGGGUCAUCUUGCAUGGAAUGGCUGGCUGUGGCAAGACUGUUUUAGCCUCUGAAGCUCUCAGAAGUGCGGGGCUCUUAAAUGAAUGCUUUCCUGGUGGUGUGCAUUGGAUACGAAUUGGCCCUGUUGACCAGUCAAAACUUCUAAUGCUAAUGCAAAAUCUUUGUGCUAGGCUUGAUCCCGAUCACAGCAGACAACCUCCAAGAAAUAUAGAAGAGGCAAAGGACAGGCUAAGAAUGCUCUUUGCACACCAGCACCCACGUUCUUUGCUAGUUUUAGAUGAUUUGUGGAAUUCUAGUGAUGUUAAAUUCUUUGACAUUCGUUGCCGUAUUAUGGUAACUACUCGUGAUGCAGCAAUCACAAACUUGGUUGGUGGAGCAAAAGCUAAGGUCCGCAUCAGUGAGGGCUUCACGGAAAGUGAAUCACUGCAAAUUCUUGCUCAGUGGACAAAACAGCCAAUAGUACAUCUUCCACCAGAAGCCAAAGAAAUGUUUCAUCUUACAAAUGGCUUUCCCUUGGCCAUAAGCAUGAUUGGAGCUCUGCUCCGCAGUCAUCCAAAGAGAUGGCAGUAUUAUGUUAGCCAGCUAAAGAAGAAAAACGUCAGCAAGCUAAAAACAAAGUUUGAGUAUGAAUAUCCAACACUUACUGAAGCAAUUCGAAUGAGCAUCAACAACUUGCCUGAUGAGCUGAGAGAGAUUUACGAAGAUUUUGCAGUGUUUCACGAAGAGUCCAAAGUCCCUGCUCAGGUUCUUUGUAUCCUCUGGAAUGAGGAGUUUGAAGUUGUGGAAGACUGGAUGGAAGACUUGGUUAAUAAAUCCUUAGCAAGAAGAACAGUGACAUCUGAUGACAUAACAGGAACCUGGUACAGUGUUCAUAACCUGCAACUAACUUUCCUUCAAGAACAAGCUACAGACUUGCAAGCUUUGCACAAGAAACUAGUUGACAGAUACCGGAAGGUGUACAGUGCGAAGUUUGGUGACAUGGUUAAUGAUGGUUAUAUUCAUUGGAAUCUUCUGCGACACAUGCUCCGGGCUGGUCUGAUUGGAGAGGCACAGAAACUCAUUACAGAUCUUAAGUGGCUCGCAGCCAAACUUGACGUCACUGGUCCUGCUGAUCUACUAAAUGACUACCUGUCAAUCAAAGGGCAUGUUGAUAGCAAGGAUUUAAAGGUCAUAGGAGAUUUCCAUCACUUUGCAAGUGUCAAUGCACAUCAAUUUGUGGAAAAACCACUUCCUGACUUAAUCCAGAUGGGUCUGAGUGAAUCCACAGACUCAGAAGUCUACAAACAAGCACAACAGAAAGCCAGCCAAUUGGCAGGUGAAGGGAAGUUGUAUCUUGAUUGGAGUAAUCAGAGAGAGGAAUCACAAGACACACUACUGAUAACAGUGAAAAUUCACCAAGGAGCUGUAUACUGCUGCCAGUUUUCACAAGAUACCAGUAAAGUGGUUUCCUGUGGCGCAGACAAAGCUGUCAAGGUAUGGGAGAGUCAGUCUGGCAAGGAGCUGCUGUCUUUGACAGGCCAUUCUGAUGCAGUGUACUGUUGUGCCUUCUCCAGUAAUGAUGCUAGAAUUGUUUCAUGUUCUGCUGACCACACUGUUAAGGUUUGGGACAGUAGUAGUGGAAGAGAACUGUUGAGUUUCAAAGGCCAUGAUCAAGAGGUGUUUACAUGUCUGUUUUCACCAGAUGACAUAAACAUUGUCUCCUGUUCUGCUGACAAAACUGUCCAGGUUUGGAAUAGUGACAAUGGAGUGCUUUGUGUCACCUAUACUGGGCAUGCUGAUAUUGUUCGCUGCUGCUGUUAUUCACCUGAUGGUUUGAGGAUUGUGUCUUGCUCUGAUGACACUCUUGUCAAGGUGUGGGAUUCUAGUUCAGGACAAGAGUUGCUUACGCUGGAAGGAGGAACAAACUCUGCUGUAACAUUUUGCUGUUUCAAGCCAACUGGAUGCAAUAUAGUUGGUGUCUCUGACACUUUUGUAAAGAUCUGGGAUUCCAAAACUGGUCAAGAAAUAAAGAACAUUCAUACAUCCUCUACAACUCUGUCACUGGCUUACUCACGGGAUGACAGUAUUUUGGCUGUGGGCCUUUCUGACACUACUAUACAGCUGUGGAAUGCUGUUAGUGAAGGCAGCAUAGGUGUGUACAGAGGACACUCGGGUUGGGUGCACUGUGUUGCCUUUUCACAGGAUUCCUGCAAGUUGGUAUCAUCUUCUGAUGAUGAAACUGUGAAGAUUUGGGCUGUUGACAUGAACAAUGUUCAAGAAUCAAGCAAGCUGAGAAUGGUGUUUGAUGUGAUGUUCUUGGGGGAUUCCUUGACAAUUGCCAUAACUGACACUUGCAACAGGCUAAUGAUAUUUGAAGGUGAGGACACCAAGUUAUUGUCACAAAGUGAAGGAAACAAGUCUAGAAUAACAAGCAUUAGUUUUAACAGUGAUGGAAGACAGGUUGCCAUUGGUUUAGAUGAUGGUGUGGUUAAGAUUUUAGAGAGCUCAACUUGUAAAGUGAUCCAAGAAUUCAAGAGUCAUUCUAGCCGUGUCAAGUGGUGCGUUUUCACUAAAUGUUCCCAAGUUUUAGUAUCAGUCUCGGAGGAUUGCACUGCAAAGGUUUACCACUGUGUGGACGGCAGAUUAAUGUUCUCUUUGGAAGGUCACACAGCAAGUAUACAAAGAUGCAUGUUCUUUAACCAGAACCAACAUCUAUUGCUAACGGCAUCCUUAGAUGGGACACUGAAGGUGUGGAAUGUACAGAAUGGAUCGCUUGAGUUGUCUUGCCCUCACAGCAGUAGUGAGUAUGUUCUGUCAUGUGAUGUUUCUCAAGACGACAAGAGACUGCUUUCAGCCUCAGUGGACAGACAUGCCAAGGUAACCAAGAAAACUGCAAACUUUUCAACAAAUACACUUUCUAACAAGAUCUGGGAUUCCAAAACUGGUCAAGAAAUAAAGAACAUUCAUACAUCCUCUACAACUCUGUCACUGGCUUACUCACGGGAUGACAGUAUUUUGGCUGUGGGCCUUUCUGACACUACUAUACAGCUGUGGAAUGCUGUUAGUGAAGGCAGCAUAGGUGUGUACAGAGGACACUCGGGUUGGGUGCACUGUGUUGCCUUUUCACAGGAUUCCUGCAAGUUGGUAUCAUCUUCUGAUGAUGAAACUGUGAAGAUUUGGGCUGUUGACAUGAACAAUGUUCAAGAAUCAAGCAAGCUGAGAAUGGUGUUUGAUGUGAUGUUCUUGGGGGAUUCCUUGACAAUUGCCAUAACUGACACUUGCAACAGGCUAAUGAUAUUUGAAGGUGAGGACACCAAGUUAUUGUCACAAAGUGAAGGAAACAAGUCUAGAAUAACAAGCAUUAGUUUUAACAGUGAUGGAAGACAGGUUGCCAUUGGUUUAGAUGAUGGUGUGGUUAAGAUUUUAGAGAGCUCAACUUGUAAAGUGAUCCAAGAAUUCAAGAGUCAUUCUAGCCGUGUCAAGUGGUGCGUUUUCACUAAAUGUUCCCAAGUUUUAGUAUCAGUCUCGGAGGAUUGCACUGCAAAGGUUUACCACUGUGUGGACGGCAGAUUAAUGUUCUCUUUGGAAGGUCACACAGCAAGUAUACAAAGAUGCAUGUUCUUUAACCAGAACCAACAUCUAUUGCUAACGGCAUCCUUAGAUGGGACACUGAAGGUGUGGAAUGUACAGAAUGGAUCGCUUGAGUUGUCUUGCCCUCACAGCAGUAGUGAGUAUGUUCUGUCAUGUGAUGUUUCUCAAGACGACAAGAGACUGCUUUCAGCCUCAGUGGACAGACAUGCCAAGGUCUGGGAUUCUUCUACUGGAAGUCUUUGUUACUCCCUUGGGCCUCACCCUGAUGUUGUGAGAUCUGCAUCAUUCUCACAAGACAACAAAUUUAUCUGUACUGGCUGUGAUGACGGAACAGUGCGCGUGUGGAACAUGGCUGAUGGAAGGGAACUUGCAGUCUGUAGUAAACAUGAUGGUUGGGUUGCCAGCUGCUGGUUCUCAAGUGACAGCGACAUGCUGGUCUCUGUCAGCAACAACAUUAAGUGGUGGAAAAGAGAUGGCACAUUGUGCCAACAAUUUAACCUGAAGGGAGUCCAAGCAAAAAGCAUCCAUAUCUCACCAGAUUUCAAGACGUUUGUAUCAGUGGACAAUGUAGGCACGAUUUAUGUCCUGAAGAGAAUCAACGGGGUAACAUAAAAGUCACUGGAGUGCCUGUAGUGAUGAUAAAUUUACCAUUGUAGUCUUAGGCUGUGUUCACAUUAAAUAGUGCUUGAAGACUGGUACAAAAUAGUGUUACGUGCACACACUGGGUACUCCAAGUACCCAAGUACCAUUUAGUACCCAAGUACAAGGUUGAGACUUGCACCCAGGCACAGGCACUGUACCUUAAUUCUGGUGUGCAUACUUGGAGAAAAGGUGUGUUCACAUUAGUGCCCAGAGAGAAUUGUGCUCUGGCAGCAUGCUUGGACACCAAGUUUGAACAUAGCCUUAGUAAUCACAUAGGGUCAAGUGAAAUGAAGCAAAUUUCAUGCAUGUUUUCUUAAGAUGUAUGCCGUUGAAGGAAAAUCUUUAGAAGUAUUUGGAUUAUCUUCAGAAAUUUUUUUAAUAGAAUUCUGAAGUAAAUUGUUUUGCUGUGGGAGUGAUGACCAGAGAAAGGCUAACACUAAGGAGUUUAAUAAAAUGAAGAAGCUUGAUUUUGCUAGGCAUCAGAAAGCUAUUAUGUUAGAGAAAGAAAAAUAUCUUCAUUGGAAAUUGGAUCUCUGUGUUAGAUGUAACUGCAAAACAAAAAAAAUCAACUAAAAUUUUUGAAAGCUUUAUUAAAUACAGUAUGAAAGGAUCAAUUGGAAUCUGGAAAUACAAAGUACAAAACAAA